AUGACGGAUGCCGAUACAAAUUUAAGCAACUUAACCACUCUGUGGUUGCUCCUCGGAGCGUACAUGGUGUUUUUGAUGCAGGCUGGAUUCGCGCUUCUCGAAGCCGGAUCAGUUCGCGCGAAAAACACGAAAAACAUCCUGAUUAAAAACCUAAUGGAUGGGUGCCUCGGUGCGCUCGUGUGGUAUUUUAUUGGGUACCACCUCGCGUACGGGACAAAGGACUCGUGCACGGGCGGCAGCGACUGUAACGGGUUCGUCGGAAACGGCGCGGAUGUUCUUAUGAACAAAGCGGCGGAGCUCGCGCCACUCGGGAACGCUGGCUCUGGCCAUUACUAUGCCGGGUGGAUGUUUCAGUGGGCGUUCGCGGCUGCUGCGUCGACCAUCGUGUCUGGUGCCGUCGCCGAGAGGUGCAAAUUCGGCGCGUAUUUAGCGUACACGGCUGCCUUAACUGGAGUCAUUUAUCCAGUUGUCGUCAACUGGGGCUGGAGUGCCCACGGUUGGCUUUCUCCGUGGACCGGCACUGAGCCGUUUCUCGGCGCGAACGGUAUGAUUGACUUUGCCGGUUCCGGGAUCGUUCACAUGACUGGCGGCGUAGCUGCGCUCGUCGGUGCUAUCUUUCUCGGUCCGAGAACUGGUCGAUUUUCUCCCUCGGGAGAGUGCAUCGAUAUGCCCGGUCACUCCUCCGUCUUGGUCGCGCUCGGUACCUUUAUCCUUUGGUUCGGGUGGUACGGUUUCAACCCAGUCAGUACGCUCGCGUUUGAAUACAUGGAAACUGCCGCGCGUGUUGCUGUGACGACGACGUUAGGCGCCGCGGCUGGCGGCGUCACGGCGCUUUCCAUCCACUACGGCUUCACAAAGUCUUUGGACGUCGGGCCGAUGUGUAACGGGAUCCUCGCCGGACUCGUUGCUAUCACCGGUAACUGCGUCGUAAUCGAACCAUGGGCCGCUGCGCUCAUCGGAGCGAUCGGUGCAGCCAUCUAUUACGGUUUCAGCGCGCUUCUCAGGAAGCUUAAAAUCGACGAUCCGCUCGAUGCCUCUUCCGUCCACGGUGCCUGCGGCGCUUGGGGCGUCAUCGCCGCCGGUUUAUUCGCCAAGCAAAAGUACGUCUUGAACGACUACGGAGCCGAAGGCGGUGCCGACGACUACGGCGCUUUAUACGGAGGCGGCGGUAAACAACUCGGCAACCAAAUCGCCGGCGUUCUCGCCAUCAUCGCUUGGGUCGGAAUCACCAGUUCCGUUUUGUUCGGCGUGCUCAAGUACGCCGGCAUGCUUCGCGUUCCCGUCGAAGAGGAAGAAGUUGGUUUGGACACCUCCCACCACGGCGGAAACGCGUACAACUUCGAGAAAGAACUCGACUCCAAGGCUUAA